AUCAGUCGGACCCGCACAGUCACUGCAUGAGCAGCUGCAAGGGGGAGGUGGUGGAGGAGAGGAAGGGGAAAUGCAGCUCUCUUUACAGUCACUUUCUUAAACACAUCAGCAAAUGUUCCUUCACUUGCAGUUCUGACAAUAAGCAGGAGGACUGGCUCUUGUAUCCCUGGUGCAUCCAUAGCAGCAGCAGCAGCAGCUGGAGAGCAGACCCAGCCUCACCAGCACCAAGGUGUCUUGUUCCUGGACCUAUGACUGGUGCUUGUCCACUGAGCUAUUUCAUGUCACAGUAUAAUAUCCGCUACUUCCACUGAGGGAGACAUUGUCAACAGUCCUCUAUGAAGCUGUGCUGUACCACAUACCUCCAGGGCACAAACAGGGAUUAUUAAGGAAAGGGGGUCCCUCAUCCAUCUGGAUUUUGAACACUAAUUUCCACCAGUGAUAUUUUUACACCCGUGAAACUUUAAAGCAUCACCACCACCCCCUGACAGCUUGAUUCAACAUAAAUGGGCAACCAGAAUUAAUUAUGAAACACAGUUAUGACCUUUAAAUGUUUACAAACAUGGAUGCUAUUGUGGAGUUUGACUACAAGGCUCAGCAUGAUGACGAGCUGACUAUAGGUGCCGGUGACAUCAUCACCAAAAUAAAAAAAGAAGAUGGCGGUUGGUGGGAAGGAGAGCUGAAAGGAAGGAGAGGUCUGUUCCCUGACAACUUUGUAAGAGAACUAAAGAAAGACAUUAAAAAAGACCUUAGCAGUAAACCACCAGACAGACCUAACAAGACCAUAUCUAAUGGCAAUGCUUUGCUGUCGAAUGAAACCGUGAUCCGGGGUUCUGGAAGAGGUGAAGGGACGCGGCGGCGGAGGUGCCAAGUGGCCUUUAGCUACAUGCCACAGAACGAAGAUGAACUUGAACUCAAAGUUGGAGAGGUCAUUGACGUCCUUGGAGAAGUGGAAGAAGGCUGGUGGGAGGGCAUUCUCAAUGGGAAGACUGGCAUGUUUCCUUCCAAUUUUAUAAAGGAGCUUGUCACUGAAACAGAGAUUGGAGGAAAUUUUGAAGAGCACCAGAUAAAGCAAGGUUCUUCAAUGACACCUGCACAGCUCUGUCCUCCUGUACCACCGUCCUCUCGUUUACAUGAAGCUGAACCUACAACGAGAUUCAAAGAUACUGCGGGCUCUGAGAGUGACGGGGGCGACUCCAAGUCAGAAGGGACCAACGGGACAAGCGGAGCAGAAAACCAGGCGAAAAAAAUCAGGGGAUUUGGCUUUGGGGAUAUUUUCAAAGACAAACCUAUUAAACUGAGACCAAGGUCAAUGGAAGUGGAAAAUGACACUGCUCCAUUAGAAAAGACGAUGGGGAAAAAAGUUCCAUCAACAAUGCCAUCACAAGAGGCACUAAAGAUGGAGGCGGAAAAUAAAUCAAAGCCCAAGGAAUAUUGUAAAGUUCUCUUUCCAUAUGAAGCACUAAAUGAAGAUGAAUUGACAAUCAGAGAAGGGGAUAUUGUGAUUGUUUUAAACAAGGAUUGUGUGGACGUUGGGUGGUGGGAAGGAGAGAUUAACAGCCGGCGAGGAGUUUUUCCAGACAAUUUUGUCAAACUUCUUCCUCCUGACUAUGAAAAAGAAAUUCAUAGACCUAAGAAGCCGCCUCCUCCAUCAGCUCCUGUCACCAAGGCAGGGACAGGCACAUCAGACAGAAAGCAAGACGUUAGGAAGAUCCCCCCAGAAAGGCCUGAAACCCUCCCACAGAGGCCAGAGGAGAAAGAGAGGCCCGAGAGGGACCACAAAGUAGAGAGCUCACUGAAGCACUCUGUUCCUGCUAUACCUCCAAAGAAACCACGCCCUCCCAAGGCUAACUCAUCAAAUAGAUCUGGCACGCUUCCACCAAAAAGACCAGAAAGACCAGCAGGGCCCGUGACACACACAAGGAGCGACAGUCCGAAGGCCGAGGUGGGAACAAGUACUGUAUCCAGCACUCCCGACAGAGACUCGUCAGAUAAAAGCAAUGACAUUGAUGUUGAAGGCUUUGAUUCUGUUGUAUCAGUUGGAGAGAAACUCAGUCACCCAACUGCAUCCAGACCCAAAUCCAGCGGGAGACGUCCACCUUCUCAGUCUCUGACGUCGUCAUCUCUUUCUAGUCCGGAUUUCUUUGACUCUCCCAGCCCAGAGGAUGAUAAGGACGAUAUCACUAACCUACCACAGAGAGCAAUAGACCCAUCCAAGAAGUCCCCCCGAUGUGCCACAGGAUCGCAGGUGCCAGAUAACAGAGCUAUGUUGCCCCCAAAACCAGGAGGCUUGAUCUCAAGUGUUAGCUUCUCACAUGGAGCUCCUGGUGCCCCAUCAGCAUUCCACUCUGUCACCUCAAGCAGUCACAGGUCAAACUCUCCAUCCUUUGGUAGCUCCGACGCAAGACACAAAUCUGAGCACAACCAGUCACCACUUGAAGAGCUGCAGACACAGGUGAAAGAACUGAGAAGCAUCAUUGAGACAAUGAAGGACCAGCAAAAAAAAGAAAUAAAACAGUUAUUGACUGAACUGGAUGAAGAAAAGAAGAUCCGUCUGCGAUUACAGAUGGAUGUCAAUGAAAUUAAGAAAUCUUUAAAACCCAAAUGAAUAGAGAAUGAAAACAUCUUAAUCUUUAUCCACCAGAAGUCCUAACUAAAGAACUGCUUCUCCCAGGCCAAAAUAUUUUUGGUGCCAAAUGAUUUAAAAUUCGCCUCAAAAACGCGGAAAGCACAACAGCACUUCUACCCACCAAGGAUGCCCUGCUGACACUUGUAGUGCCCUUGCACAUACAUAUUGGUGAACUCAAAUUUGUGCUGAAGUGUUCUUCCUUAAAACUGCAGAUGAAGGAAACUCAGGCAGUUUUACUUCAGAGUGGUACUUUUUUAUAAUAUUUUUCCAUGAAUAAAGUGUAUUUCCAAUGUUUGUUUACAAGCUUUAUAAUUUUAUGUUUUAGGGGUUUUUGUGUACGUCUUUUAUCUCAGAUUUCUGAAUUGUUUGUACAAUGUGCAGUUUUGUCCUUUCUGUUUCUCCUUCCAAGAUGUCCCUGUAUGAGCUUGGAUCUCUGACUAUGACCCUGAAACGUACAUAUGCAAAGUACUGUCCGUGCAAUGUGAUAAAAUGCUUCUGGAAUCUA